AUGAUAUCCUCGCGCGGGUUGGCCAGAGGGCCAGCCAGACAGCUCUUCUCAGCAGUCUUCAGACCGUUAGAAGUGUCCCGGCCGUCGCCUCCAUUUCGCAAGGCAGGCAUACGACACCAGUCCACAAUAUCAACAUCAUCCCCGUUUAAAUAUAUCCGCCCUCAAUUCUCGAAAAGACCAUAUACAUACCGAACCUUUACUCGAUCAAACUCCACAAACUCCCACGCAUCUGCAAAACCCUCGUUCUCCCAGCGCAUGCGCACCCUCUCCCGCGAAUAUGGAUGGGCCGCCGUAGGGGUCUACUUCUUCCUGUCCGCACUGGACUUCCCGUUCUGCUUUGCUGCCGUGCGAUUGCUGGGCGUUGAGCGUAUUGGACACUACGAGCACGUUAUCGUCGGCUCAGUGAAGGAUGCUAUAGCGAAGAUAUGGCCGAGCAAGGAAGCGGAUGCGCGUCCUCGCUCUGAAGACGACAACGAGAUAGGAAUUGCAGAUGAUAUUGAAGAGGCGCAAAAAGCUAAUAGGGGAGAAGCUAGUAUAUGGACACAGCUUGUGCUCGCAUACGCCAUACAUAAGAGCUUCAUCUUCCUCCGAGUCCCGCUUACUGUGGCCGUAACGCCAAAGAUUGUCAAAACCCUACGAAGCUGGGGCUGGAAUAUUGGUAAACGGAAACCCAAGAAUUGA